CGGGCAAGACCAUUCCUUCGAAACUUCGAUCGACGCAGUUUCACUGCUAAUUGCUUUGAUUGAGACUAGAAAUACAGAGUUUGGCACUAAAACGAUUGCAUAAGGAAACCACAAGACAUGGCCACCGACAGUCAGACUAGUCACAGCAUACCUGUGUGGUCUCGUCACCAUCCUCAAAUUCCACAACGUUAUGUUCCACCAUGGACACAGGAUAUGAAGAACAGAAAUCUUAUUCUGGAGAACUGCAAAUUGACAAACUAUCCUUACGGUCCUCAUGACACAAGUAUUUAUUUGGUACAUAGAGAACGUCUGAAUAAUGUUGAACCACAGAGGAUGGUCAACAGCAAGUCAAUCAAAGUGCCACGAGAGAGGUUGCUAAGGCCUUGGUUCCAUUCUCCUCUCUCUCGUUACCAGAGCAGCUUGAUGUUCAGGAAGACUUGAAAUGUUCACCAUUUGAAGAAGAGUGUAAAAUAUUGUAUCAAGUGUAGCUCACUACAGAGAGCACUGUAGUUAGUUUGGUGUGAAGGGUUGGGCUGUUUUACAAUGUGUCAUUCCAUAAAAUAUCCAUACUAUUACUACUACUACUAUUUUCUAAGACCCCCCACCCUUCUGGAAAUUCCAAUUCCUUACA